AUGUCAGCUCAAUGGAAGAGUGAGCUUGACAACGUAGUGCUAGAGGUUCCUGAUGAGAACAAUCCCAAAAUCUCCAACGACUCCGAGCGAUGUUCGUGGAACCAGUUGCUCUCUGAGCUUUCUGACAGCGGGAUCUCGGACGCUACGAUCAACAGCCACGAGCUGUCCACCCCGAUUGUGGAAGGAGGCAAGGACUUGGACCAUUCCAGGGCGCUGGAAAAGGUUUGGCGAGUGGAAUACGUGAAGGCAAUCAACGACGUUUGGAUGGAACAAACAUGUCGAGAUGCUGUGUUCAUGUGUGCUUCCAGUUUUCAGUCCAGUUCUGUGUUUUGGAUUCUGAGAGCCCAUUAG